GUGCGGUUGCUCCAACAGAGAUGGGCUCAGACGUGCGUGACCUCAACGCCCUGCUGCCCCCGGUGCCAGCCCUGCCAGGAGGGAACGGGAACUGUACCCUGCCCGUCAGCAGUGCCCCUCAGUGGGGCCCUGUACUGGACUUCCACACUGGCGCCCCCUACAGCUCGCUGGCCCCCCACUCCUUCAUCAAGCAGGAGCCCAGCUGGAGCUCUGGGGAUCCCCAGGAGGACCCUCACUGUGGCCUGAGUGCCUUCACCCUGCACUUCUCUGGCCAGUUCACUGGCACAGGGGCCUGCAGGUACGGGGCCUUCGGGGCCCCCCCUCCACCCAGUCAGCCCCCACCAAGCCAGCCAAGGAUGUUCAGCAACGCACCCUACCUGACCAACUGUAUGGACACCCAGCCCCCCUCCAGGAACCAGGGUAAGAUCAACCAUAAUCAUCUAUUUUGGAGAUUAGUGUAGUAAAAUGUUAUUGUGGUUGCACUAGGACUCGAUAUUCGGUUUAUUCAAUAUUUUCAUUCACAGAAAGAUGGCAUUUGUUUAGUAGAGUUCAGUAUGUUCAUUGUAGUUUAAACAGGUGGUAUGCUCCUAGUCCUUCUGUAUCAUUUUGCACAGUUAUUGCGCAUUUAUGUUUUUAUUCUUAUAUGACUAUUUCCCUGCCUACAGUUUUUGCUAACUCUGGUGAUGUACAGUUGUGUUUAGUUCAUGAUUAAUAAACAAACAAAUGAAUGAUAGAUAGACCUGAAAAAAGGUCAGAUGAACAGUAAAUACAUUCAUAAUGUCAAGCUCAUAUUGAGGUUUACAUUUGUUUAGGUUAAGCUUGUGUUUUAUUAUGCUAUUUUAUAUGUCAUUGUAAAUAACUGAUCUUAUUGCCAGCACAGUACAAUUACAAUUUGUUGACAUUAGUUUACAAUGUAGAAAAUGUCUGCAUUUGAUAUGCAGUUUUCUUUAUUACCUUAUAAGAACUUUAAGUAACAUGAUUGAUUUUGUGAGUUUAUAAUUAGUGCAUUAUUAGAAACAUUGUAUUAUUUGAACUUUGUGCUGUUUAAAUGAUUUAUCAUUACUAUAUGCUAUAGUCAGUCAUUUUCAUUAGGAAUUAUAUUAUGAACUUCUGACAUUGCUUUUAAAUGAAUGUGUCAUUCUAACCCAAAUUAUUUUCAAACAGAAUAGAUUAUUUUCCUUAAACAUGGACGCACAAUUUGAUCUCUGAAAUUCUAACAGCAGCUGUGGUAUAGUUAAACUGAUCAUAUAGUAGCCAAUGAGAGUGUGUAGUUUUCAAAGAAACUUUGCCUUUAGUGUGGACUUUUAUUACAAUUUAUUGUUGCAAAUACAAAUGUUUAGGAGUCUAUGGGUUGAACGGGUAUACACAUACUAAACAUUCAGUAUUAACGGCAUCAGUAUUAUGCUGAACUGAACCAUUCAUUAGCCAUGGCAUACAGCUACUGUAUUGGCUAUAGAAGAUAAUGCUAAAUUAAUAUAAAUUAAGGAAAGAAAAGUCUCAGUGACAGAAAAUGUAAUUACAUGUGAACUUGUAGUAAGUUGACAUCAACUAAUCUCAGUAUAACUCCUUAAAUCAGUAAAAUAUUAUCUGAAGCUGACCAAUUGUGAGUGACAUCUACCUGGCUCCUGAUUUUCAAGUUUUUUGAAAGUUAUAUUAUUAUGACAUGAGCUAUUUGUAGUCAAGCUCUGCGAUUUCUCUUCAGGGCUGCUGGGGUCACCAGUGCUCGCACCCCAAAUGUAAUCUGUCUGCACUUUGAAUGUCGGAUUAAUUAGAACUAACAUCAGUAUCAAAAGGCUUGUCCAACCUUCGACCACCUUAUCACACCCCUCCUGUGUCUGGCCAAGCAGUGCAAACAAGCCAUGGCUAAAACUCAGGCAGGUCACUUUCACUAGAUACAGAUAAUACACUGAUGCUCACUGAGGGAGAAUGCACUGUACUGGUGAUCUGUUUAUGGUUACCAUGCGAAAUGACACAGUCCAAACUAGUUAGUGUGAGGACAGGUAUUAUGUGUGUAUUUGGGUCUGUUUUGUCAAUGUACUUGUGCUUGUGUAAUUCCAUGUGUGUGUGUUGUCUUUACUUGAGUGGAAGAGGAGAGACAGAUAAUAAACUAGUUAAUGAAUUAUGGUAGGGACUUUCCUUGUACACAAUGGUCCAAAACGGAAAAUAUUUGUGUUACCCUUCAAAACAUAACCCUUUUUAUUAUGUUUAGUUUUUUUAAUGAACGUAUUGUUUUUAAGUAGGCCUAUCAUUCAGAUAUUCCAUUGUUGCAAAGUUUUAUAAAUGACUUCCCUUGAUUUACCAUGACAUCUGUAAUACAUGGAAAUUCUGUAAUAGUAUGUAAAAGCAUAACAAUAUUUCUUUAAGUAUUAUUUCAAGAUUUGUAGGCUACUUCUAGGCCUGCUUUGUCAAAAUGAACAGUAAAAAAGAAGACACUUAUCGAAAUACAAUUACUGGGGAAACAAAGAUGGGAUUCUGAAGUUAUUAAUAUCUACAGUAUAUAUAUAGUCACCGUAAAAUUAGUUUUUAUUGAUGAAAGCACUAAUUUAUAGAAUUAGAAGCUUUGCGUCUGAAUAUUAAUUAGGUUAUGGGUUGACUAUUCACAAUUACUCCUGUAACGUUUUAACACUUUGGUAUAACUUUAUAAUUUAUUAUUACAUAGAUACUGUAAGUAAUACCCUUAAGGCGGUUGUUCAGUGAUUUAGCUUUGAUUACUGGUCCUCGUAAUAAAUGGCUUGUGAAUGGUUCAUAAUAUAUUUCGCAAUGGUUUAUAAGAAGUUCAUAACCAUCAAACCAACAAAUAAACUGUUAGAAUUAAUAUUCAACACAUUAUAUUUUAGAAGAGAUAAAGGAAACAUGUCAUAUCACUUUGUAGGUGCAUUUGGUAUUUCUUCACAUCCCACUGCACUGCAAUGCAUAAAACAGACUGGUCUAAGGUGAAGACACUGCCAUGCACACAAACUGCCUAGGCAGUGCCCUUCACUAUGCCCACUGUGACCCAGACCAGCCCUGUGUAAUGUGAUGGGGAUCAGUCCUCCUCUACUCAGUCAGUCAGACAGGGAUGGAAGACAAAUAGAGCUCUUUAAUGAGUUUUGAGUUAACCCUGCUGGGCCGCUGGUGAAAGUUGCGCUGGUGUGUAAUUAAUGGCGUUGCUGUUAGCUGGUGUGUAAUUAAUGGCGUUGCUGUUAGCUGGUGUGUGAUUGAUCAUCUGGUGCCCCACCCUGGGUCAGACAUAGGCAUGAUUCAGCCCUGAACCUGGUGUCAGCCCUCCAGUGUCCUGCCACAGUUUGUUUUCACUCAGGACCCUUUCACUCUCACCCCAACGCGGGGGCGACUGGGGUUCGAGGAGGGAGGGAGGGAAUUUACCUACCCAUUCAGCACAAAUGGUUAGGGCGCUGAAUGUUAGCCAAUGAGCUAACUCAUAAUUGAUACAGUAACUUUUACCACGUAAACAUGUUUUUACCUACUUCCAUGUUCUGAAAGUCUAUUCAUUUAGUUUUUCUAAACCUUUCUUCUUUGUCUUUACAGGUUACAGUGCUUUCGAUGGUGUCACUAAUUACGGUCACACUCCCACACACCACUCCUCCCAGUUCCUCAACCACUCCUUUAAAGAUGAAAACUCCCUCGCUCAGCAGACCAGUAUGGGUAAACAGCACAAUAUUCUCAUAUCACCUAGAUUACUGCAAUGUGUGUGUGUGAGUGUGUGUGCGUGCGUGUGCAUGUGUGCGUGCAUGUGUGAGAGAGAGAGAGAGAGAGAGAGUACAUGCUUGUGUGUGUGUGUGUGUGUGCGUGUGUGCGUGCGUGCGUGCGUGCGUGCGUGCGUGCGUGUGUGCGUGUGUGUGUGCGUGUGUGCGUGUGUGUGUGUGUGUGUGUGUGUGUGUGUGUGUGUGUGUGUGUGUGUGAGCGUUCAUAUGUGUGUGCGUGCAUACAUGCAAGGAUGCUAUCUAGAACCUAAAAGGGUUCUUUGGCAGUCCCCAUAGGAGAACCCUUUGAAGAACCCUUUUUGGUUCCAGGUAGAACAUUUUCCACAGAGGGUUCUACAUGUUAAACGUGUAUUGUGAACUCCGUACUCCUCACCUAGGGAGUGGCCUCCAUCUUAAAGUCACUGUGAGGUUAAGUCUGACACUGACCUUUAUGUCAGUGUCAUAAAUUAAUGGCAUCUUUUUUUUUAUGGUCCUUUUCUUCAUCCAUGGUCAUUAUGUUAGUAAACAGCUGGAUGUGUGUGUUGCUAAUUGUAUUAAUGUGAUGUUGUAAAUAUUGGGCUCUCUUUAUAGAAAUUAUAACUGGAGGAAACGGCAAUACAAGGUUUUUGGAAUGUUUAGAACUGCCCUGGGACCCAUUCACAACAUGUGGAGGCAGAGCCGAAGCAGAGAUCCUUCAUUUGCACUUUGAAAUAGCAAAAAGAGUCAGUGUGCUUUACGGUUUCAAAGAACAGCCUCAGUGCUGUUUAUAUUCGGACACAGUUCACAGGUUUCUUUCUCAAUGUCCCUCUCAGGAUAGUUUUUCUUAGAGGAGGCGCUGUCAGACAAACAGCUCCAUUGGACCAGGUAUGAGUUUCCUGAAAGCUUCGUAGUUAACGUGGUACUUCGAGACCCAGACAGUAUAAUGUCCUCUUAAGGAUCGGACCCUUUUUUUCAAUUUUCACCUAAAACGACAUACCCAAAUCUAACUGGGCUCCCGAGUGGCGCAGCGGUCUAAGGCACUGCAUCUCAGUGCUUGAGGCGUCACUACAGACCCCCUUGUUCGAUUCCAGGCUGUAUCACAACCAGCUGUGAUUGGGAGUCCCAUAGGGCGGCGCACAAUUGGCCCAGUGUCGUCCGGGUUUGGCCGGUGUAGGCCGUCAUUGUAAAUAAGAAUUUGCUCUUAACUGACUUGCCUAGUUAAAUAAAGGUAAAAUAAAAUAAAAAAAUAAAACUGCCUGUAGCUCAGGAUCUGAAGCAAGGAUAUGAAUAUUCUUGAUACCAUUUGAAAGGAAACACUUUGAAGUUUGUGGAAAUGUAAAAUUAAUGUAGGAGAAUAUAACACAUUAGAUCUGGUAAAAGAUAAUACAAACAAAAAAACAUGCAUUUUCUAAUUUUUUUUUGUUCCAUCAUCUUUGAAAUGCAAGAGAAAGGCCACACAUUGCAGUUUAGGCGCAAUUUAGAUCUUGCCCACUAGAUGGCAGCAGUGUGUGUGCAAAGUUUCAGAUUGAUUCAGUGAAGCAUUGCAAUACUGGACUAUUUUGUAUCAAGUCUGCCCAAAUGUGCCAAAUUGGUCAAUUGAUACAUUUUCAAGUACAUAACUAUAGAGAACAUACACAAAUUAUAUGGUAGUACAAAAUGUAAGUUUACACACUCCCAGGAAUGUCAUUCAUGAUGGAUCAUUAGCUUAUAUACUAACUUUCACAUAUCUAGAUGGCCGGGCGGGGUGGGUGUGGAGCCAGAGACAGCAGGGGUUCAAACUGUAGAACCAAGUUCCUACAUUUGAAUAUCAAACAAAACUAUGCUUCAUUUUAUCUCUGGGACCCUUAGGAUGACAAAAUCAGAGCAAGAUUACUGAAUGUAAGUACAUUAUUUACCUUCAGAGGUGAAUGCAUCAAACCAGUUGCCGUGAUACGUUUUUUGUUGUUGUGCACUCUCCUCAAACAAUAGCCUGGUAUUUUGUCACUGUAAUAGCUACUGUAAAUUGGACAGUGCAGUUAGAUUAACAAUAAUUUAAGCUUUCUGCCCAUAUAAGACAUGUCUAUGUCCUGGAAAGUUUGCUGUUAGUUACAACAGUCAUGCUAAUCACAUUAGGGCACGUUAGCUCAACCGUCCCAUAUAUGGGACUCUGAUCCCGUAGAGGAUAAAGUACCACAUUAGCUACACAUCUAUCAGGAAACUUACCCCAGUGCAGUUGUGAAGCACUCCUUAAUGUACCAUCGCACUGUUUUAAUUCUCAAUCAGUGGAGUUGGUGGGUAAUAAUUGUAUUUUGUUUGUGUAGGUGAGCAGCCGUAUCCUGUCCCUCCACCCGUGUAUGGAUGCCACACCCCAUCAGACAGCUGUACAGGCAGCCAAGCCCUACUGCUGAGGAACCCUUACAACAGGUGAGUACUGGAGCCGCCCCACUACAGUAGAUUAACUUGCCCUUACCUGACAUCACAUCCCUGCCACUCACCUUAGCCACACUCCUAUCAGUCACCUUAGCCCCACUCCUAUCAGUCACCCUAGCCCCACUCCUAUCAGUCACCUUAGCCCCACUCCUAUCAGUCACCCUAGCCCCACUCCUAUCAGUCACCUUAGCCACACUCCUAUCAGUCACCUUAGCCACAUUCCUAUCAUCACCUUAGCCCCACUCCUAUCAGUCACCUUAGCCACACUCCUAUCAGUCACCUUAGCCACACUCCUAUCAGUCACCUUAGCCCCACUCCUAUCAGUCACCUUAGCCACACUCCUAUCAGUCACCUUAGCCACACUUCUAUCAGUCACCUUAGCCCCACCCCAAUCAGUCACCUUAGCCCCACUCCUAUCAGUUACCUUAGCCACACUCCUAUCAGUCACCUUAGCCCCACUCCAAUCAGUCACCUUAGCCACACUCCUAUCAGUCACCUUAGCCCCACUCCAAUCAGUCACCUUAGCCCCACUCCUAUCAGGCACCUUAGCCCCACUCCAAUCAGUCACCUUAGCCCCACUCCAAUCAGUCACCUUAGCCCCACUCCUAUCAGUCACCUUAGCCACACUCCUAUUAGUCACCUUAGCCCCACUCCUAUCAGUCACCUUAGCCACACUCCUAUCAGUCACCUUAGCCCCAGUCCAAUCAGUCACCUUAGCCCCACUCCUAUCAGUCACCUUAUCCACACUCCAAUCAGUCACCUUAUCCCCACUCCAAUCAGUCACCUUAGCCCCACUCCUAUCAGUCACCUUAGCCACACUCCUAUCAGUCACCUUAGCCCCACUCCAAUCAGUCACCUUAGCCACACUCCAAUCAGUCACCUUAGCCCCACUCCUAUCAGUUACCUUAGCCCCACUCCUAUCAGCCACCUUAGCCCCACUCAUAUCAGUCACCUUAGCCACACUCCUAUCAGCCACCUUAGCCCCACUCCUAUCAGUCACCUUAGCCCCACUCCUAUCAGUCACCUUAGCCCCACUCCUAUCAGUUACCUUAGCCCCACUCCUAUCAGUCACCUUAGCCCCACUCCUAUCAGUCACCUUAGCCCCACUCCUAUCAGCCACCUUAGCCCCACUCCUAUCAGUCACCUUAGCCCCACUCCUAUCAGUUACCUUAGCCACACUCCUAUCAGUCACCUUAGCCCCACUCCUAUCAGUUACCUUAGCCCCACUCCUAUCAGUCACCUUAGCCACACUCCUAUCAGCACCUUAGCCCCACUCCUAUCAGUUACCUUAGCCCCACUCCUAUCAGUCACCUUAGCCCCACUCCUAUCAGUCACCUUAGCCCCACUCCUAUCAGUCACCUUAGCCACACUCCUAUCAGUCACCUUAGCCUCACUCCUAUCAGUUACCUUAGCCCCACUCCUAUCAGUCACCUUAGCCCCACUCCUAUCAGUCACCUUAGCCACACUCCUAUCAGCACCUUAGCCCCACUCCUAUCAGUUACCUUAGCCCCAACCCUGCCAGUCACCGAAGCCUCACUCCUAUCAGUCACCUUAGCCCCACUCCUAUCAGUUACCUUAGCCCCACUCCUAUCAGUCACCUUAGCCCCACUCCUAUCAGUUACCUUAGCCCCACUCCUAUCAGUUACCUUAGCCCCAACCCUGCCAGUCACCGAAGCCUCACUCCUAUCAGUCACCUUAGCCCCACUCCUAUCAGUUACCUUAGCCCCACUCCUAUCAGUCACCUUAGCCCCACUCCUAUCAGUUACCUUAGCCCCAACCCUGCCAGUCACCGAAGCCCUACCCCUUUAGGCCUACCACUCACAUGUUGCUCAAAAAUCAAUUCAUUACAAAGCAUUCUAACAGGCAGACAUCUUAAUAAGUAAACAUAGUUUUGAUGAUUCUAGUCCUUGAAGUUAGUUAAAGGUGGUCAGGAAGCUGCACCUUUAUAGCUGUCCUGACUGGCCAAGGUUGUGCUGCCGUCAUAGAAGGCAAUAAUCAUCAUCAACAUAGUUCUAAAAUUAAAUGUAGAAAAGUCACGCCGCCAUUGAGCACUCCCAGUGGCUAGAGGAAGGAGGAAGUAAAGUAACAGUGGCAGGAAGUUGGAAGUACGAGACUGUACUGAUUUCCAGUCAGGAAAUUAUCCAAAUAAAGGCAUUUAUCAUGUUUGUAGUUAUACUUUCAAAACUUUCCAUUGGACUGAAUCCAUUCACUGCUUUUUCAAAUCGCAGUCAUGACCUGACAAAGAAUAAGAUAAUAGCAUAUUUACUGUGUUUUAUUUAUAUUUCAAGUAUGUUUCAUUGAGUUAAAUAGUUAAAUACAGUAUGUAGAUGGUAUGGAUGAGGACCAUGUCCAGAUAAAUGAAUCACAGUUGUCCAGACAGAGAAUGGGAGCAGUGCUCAGCAGGCCAAGAUAAACGAUGUAAUCCACUACUGGUUUCCAGUCUUAGGCCAAUGUUGAAUUCCUCUUACUGAUAAGUAGCUCACUGUCCUCUGAGGGGAGAGAACCCCAGUGUAACCUUACACAACUGCUUACUCCCUCGCCUUGAGAUGGCACAAAAUUAGCUUGCAUUCCUUGAAUACCUUUAACAUUUUGUUUUCAGCUCCAGGGAACAUAAAGAUUCAAAAUAAGGGAAUAGGAGUUGAUAAGAGUGUGUUAGUCAGACUGGAUACAUGCGCUGGAAGCCCCAUUCUGCAGGCUCUGCACCUCAUGCUGCCAUAAACAGCCUGAUAUCUGCUGGAGAAGGGAAGGGGCUGGGAAUCCUCAAAUCAAACCGCUAAGCCGCUCUCUAAUCAAAUGCCUGGUACCAACAGCGCUGUAUUUAUACAGUCAGACGGCAGUUAUGCACUUUUUAACGUUUUGGAAAUACAUUAAAUAAAAACACGUCCACUUAUGAAACUAAGAGCCAGGGAACCAGGGACAAAGUUCUGUUGGGAAGCACUGGUGUAGAGGAUGAAGACUGAAACUUUAGAGCUCCUUAAACCAAAACGCCCCUACAUUUGGUUAUUUUAUCAAGAGAUUAAAGUCUCAGGUAUGUAUAGAGCUUGUCAUCGAGGACUGUACCAACCAUGUACAGUAAUGGUUUAGAUUGCAAAGUUCACAUUAGUGUGCUAAUGGAUACACUCUUCAUCAUCCUUUAACCCUCAGGAUCCUUUAACCCUCUGUCAUCCAAAUAGUUGAAUUGAUUUGAAGUGAAACUCUACCGAGCACUGUACUGUACGUACUGUAAUCACUAGACAGAGUGUAGGCUACCGUCAGUGUAGAGGGUACCAGGCACCAGAGCAUCCCACUACAGCGAGCUGUUCCUGUGGUAUGAUAAAACGAUGUAAUGUCAAGGGCGGCAGUGAUACAUCUAAAGUAUGUGUUUGGCAAAGCACCUGGCAGGUUAACUAAUGGUCCUGGAGCCAGACGCUUAAUAACAGAUGGCUAUUUGUUUCUGAGGGAUGGAGGGCUAUGGAGGGCUAUGAUUAACACAUCACCCUGUUGGUGUUAGUGUGGGCGGAUCCUGAUUGUGUGGCACAUUCAUGAGCCGUUACCCAGGGUGCACCUGUGUAGAUGGGGCCAAAUGUUAUAAUGCUCUGACUCUCCUGUGGUGCUUGUCUGCACUGAAAAGGGUGGUACCACCUCGUCCCGAGGAAAAAUUCCUAAAAAUGUUUUCUAUUUGUUUAAAUCCCAGCAGUGAUAAUUUAUACCAAAUGGCAUCUCAGCUGGAAUGCAUGGCAUGGAACCCUGUUAACACGCUGGCUUCCACCAUUAAGAGGUAUGUCGGCGUGACCCGCUCCUGUCAUCUGAAACAUUCCUCUUUGAUGUGGAUUAACAGUCAUUAAUCUGCACAUAGUCUCAGAAUAGCAGAGGGAGGGGGUGGGUGUAGGUGGUGGAGGGCUCCCUUCAUUAAAUCACACAUUUGACCACUCACUGGCAUUGUUUAAAUAUUUGAUUUAGUAGCAGAGUGGGGCUCCACAGGGGGCCUGUGACAUACAUCAUUUCUCACUGAGGUGAUUAGAAAUAAAAAAUAUUCCCUCUAUCACAGAUCACAUAUGGGUUGUUUUUUUCUUUUUUCUUAGCUAAUACCCUCUCUGGCACACACACACACACACACACACACACACACACACACACACACACACACACACACACACACACACACACACACACACACACACACACACACACACACACACACACACACACACACACACACACACACAAACACACACACACACACACACACACACAGUUGGGUGGUGCAGGUAAUAGUAAGUAUAGUGAGAAAGUAUAGAGAGAAAGUAUAGAGAGACUGUAUAGUGAGAAAGUAUAGAGAGAAAGUAUAGUGAGAAAGUAUAGUGAGAAAGUAUAGAGAGAAAGUAUAGAGAGACUGUAUAGUGAGAAAGUAUAGUGAGAAAGUAUAGUGAGAAAGUAUAGAGAGAAAGUAUAGAGAGAAAGUAUAAAGAGAAAGUAUAGAGAGAAAGUAUAGAGAGAAAGUAUAGUGAGAAAGUAUAGUGAGAAAGUAUAGGGAGUGUGACUUUUUUCACGCGACCGGUGAUCAGAGUUUACCUACCUAUUUCCUUACCACUACAUCACUGUCUAUAGUUGAGGGGGAAACAUACUUUUUUACUUGCUUUACUGCUCUAAUGAAAAUGUCCUCUUUCAUUCUUGCUUUGUUGUCAUUUUCAGUGUCCCUCUUUUUCUAACUCCCCUCCUCCCGAACCCUCCCUUUGUUUCUGUCUGUUUUCUCCGGAGAUCGUGUGCAUGUUAAAUUAGCCUCUCUGUUUUGUCUGUCCUGGCUGGGAAAUGUAUCCUGCUAUAAUUUUCCCGUGUGGGGCAUCAGCCUUGACCACGUGGGACAUGUAACGGAGGGGAAGGGCUCUGCACUGAGGAGUAGUGGAAGUGGAAUCAGUAGGCCUACACAAUGGGAUAGCUUUCCCCCUGGGAUCCUCCAGCCAGGGAUCCAGAGCCAGGGCUUAGUUAGACUGGAGGGGAGGGUCUGACCCUUCAACCACCUCCCCGAAAAAGCCAGCAGAGGCCGGGGUGACUGAAUGAUUAAUCUGCUGCUAAAUGAGAGGGACUCUAGUGCUUAGGCUGCGGAAAAUCAGACGUGGAGUCUCAUCUCCAGGGACGCACGCCAAAGUAUGCAUGUGCCUCUUCCAGAUAAACGCCACCCUCCCCAGCCCCGUCUCCCUCCCCAGCCCGGUCUCCCUCCCCAGCCCGGUCUCCCUCCCCAGCCCUGUCUACCUUCCCAGCCCAGUCUCCCUCCCCAGCCCGGUCUCCCUCCCCAGCCCUGUCUACCUUCCCAGCCCAGUCUCCCUCCCCAGCCCGGUCUCCCUCCCCAGCCCGGUCUCCCUCCCCAGCCCAGUCUCCCUCCCCAGCCCUGUCUACCUUCCCAGCCCAGUCUCCCUCCCCAGUCCCGUCUCCCUUCCCAUCCCAGUCUCCCUCCCCAGCUCCAUCUCACUCCCCAGGUCCUGGCUGUAUACGUUAACGUGAGCCUGAGGUGUUUAUCGCCACAACGAAUGAGUGAAUGAAUGAACUGUGGGGAGAUUUAUUGCAGCAUGUAGCUUCACUGUCUCGACUCCGGCUGUCCGUGGAGUCUCAUCUCCAGGGACGCACGCCAAAGUAUGCAUGUGCAUCUUCCAGAUAAACGGCACCCUCCCCUCCCCAGCCCCGUCUCCCUCCCCAGCCCCGUCUCCCUCCCCAGCCACGUCUCCCUCCCCAACCCAUCUCCCUCCCUCCCUCCCCAGCCCAGUCUCCCUCCCCAGCCUAGUCUCCCUCCCCAGCCCUGUCUCCCUCUCCAGCCCCAUCUCCCUCCCCAGCCCGGUCUCCCUCCCCAGCCCGGUCUCCCUCCCCAGCCCGGUCUCCCUCUACAGCCCAGUCUGCCUCCCCAGCCCUGUCUCCCUUCCCAGCCCAGUCUCCCUCCCCAGCCCAGUCUCGCUCCCCAGCCCCGUCUCCCUUCCCAGCCCAGUCUCCCUCCCAGCCCAGCACGCCAAAGUAUGCAUGUGCAUCUUCCAGAUAAACGGCACCCUCCCCUUCCCAGCCCCGUCUCCCUCCCCAGCCCUGUCUCCCUCCCCAGCCACGUCUCCCUUCCCAGCCCCAUCUCUCUCCCUCCCUCCCCAGCCCAGUCUCCCUCCCCAGCCUAGUCUCCCUCCCCAGCCCUGUCUCCCUCCCCAGCCCUGUCUCCCUCCCCAUCUCCCUCCCCAGCCCAGUCUCCCUCCCCAGCCUAGUCUCCCUCCCCAGCCCUGUCUCCCUCCCCAGCCCUGUCUCCCUCCCCAGCCCUGUCUCCCUCCCCAGCCCGGUCUCCCUCCCCAGCCCGGUCUCCCUCCCCAGCCCAGUCUCGCUCCCCAGCCCCGUCUCCCUCCCCAGCCCCGUCUCCCUUCCCAGCCCUGUCUCCCUUCCCAGCCCAGUCUCCCUCCCCAGCCCAGUCUGCCUCACCAGCCCAGUCUCCCUCCCCAGCUCCAUCUCGCUCCCCAGGUCCUGGCUGUAUACGUUAACGUGAGUCUGAGGUGUUUAUCGCCACAAUGAAUGAGUGAAUGAAUGAACUGUGGGGAGAUUUACUGCAGUAUGCAGCUUCACUGUCUCGACUCCGGCUGUCCUUGGAAAGAGCAGAGACAAAGACUGCUUUAUGCCCUCUCAACCAUGUAUUCAUAAUUUAACUGUACAGGAUACAACCCCCUCCUUCCAUGAAAUACAACAAUUACAGAUUGCUUUUUAAGACUAAUGAUAGAUAUUGCCGUCUGGAUAUUAUGAGACUAAAUGUGAACCUUAGCUGUCUUGAAAUGCUGUAGCUACAGUGUACGUAACUGAACCAUCUUCAAUUAAUGCCUUCAGAGGCUUAAUAAGUGUUCAGCAAACAUUUCCAUUUCUAAAGUAAGUAGGCUAGUACACAAUACCGAGAAUCGCACACGAUCCCUAAACUAUGUUUCAUACAUAUUUAAUAUUUCUGGAUAUACUACAAUUGAUCAUGGUCCUUUUGUGCAAUGUCCUUAUCCUGUACCUCUAUUUGAUUGAGAGUAGUAGGUGGGUGACAACCAGGUCUUGCAGAGUUAACCAGAUCCUCUUUGAUUUACUAAGACAUGCCCUUAUUUACUGAAGAAAACUAAUAUAGUAUGCAGCUUGAACGUGUGUUAAUCCAGGGUCAAAGAGAGAGGCCUAACCAUACGAAUAAAUCUGCGAAUGACAGGAAGUUAACCAUUCGUCUUUCCUCUGAGUUCCACUUUGGAUGCUUUAGGUGAAUAUACUGCACUGUGAUGCGUAGAGCAAUUUGUCCCUAUGUCAAAACAAGUUAUAGCUGGUGAUUUCUCUGCAUUUAUUUAUUCUGUGCAUGCUAUUGAAAUACAAUGCCAGUGCAACUUUGCCGAACCUGGCUUAGAUAUAUGAAGAGUGCUAAACCCCUAAAUGACAAGCUUUAUUUAGGACAGGAGACCCUUUUGAACAACUUUCCCCUGUAUUUCAGGAGUGACCAUUUACUGCAGUUUUUCAGUACAUUUAAUGACGUGAAAAUAAUAGCCAUUCAUCCUACAUUGCAUCCUACAUUUUCUUGACUUCCACUCUGUUGUUUUUCAUCGCUCCUAAAGCUGCUGAAUGCUCUUGAACUAACAGCUUUUAUGUGAAUUGUAAUUUGGCAGACAAAAAUAGAAAAUGGUCACAUCAUUCCUCACUAAAAAUGCUCUUGUGUCUUUCUCUUUGUUGACAGCCAUGCUACCGGUUAUGAAAGUGACCCCAACACUCCCAUGGUGUAUAGCUGCAGCACCCAGUACCGCAUCCACACACACGGCAUCUUCAGAGGCAUGCAGGUCAGUUUUCUCCUCUCACGGAUUCUUCACACCCAGGUCACACACUCAGAUUCCUGCUCUCCAUACAUAACUUUCCUUAUGUGCUCAGGGCCAAGGUCGGAACAAGGAGCACACAUACACUCUCGCAUGAACACACACGCACAUACACUCCCUAAAUGCACAAGGUCAUCCUCUACUCCCGAGCCCAGGCACUGCACGGGUGCUGGCAGAAGAGGAGGAGGAGGUGGGAGAGACUAGAGAGGUAGAGUCAGAAAACAAGGAGGAAAGAGCCUGACGUAAUGAGCAGACUAUACGAGAGGAAGCAGGCCUCUGACAGGACAGUUGAGACAUUUAAAAGGCAUCUCAGGAUGAAAAUGGAAGAGGAAUCACUUUCAAGAAAUCCAUUAACAAUAAAGAUAGUUUCCAUAUGCAGGCCCAUGUUAAUAAAAUCAUUAGAUCUUAAUUAGUGUCCGUCAACAGCUUUAAAGCACAGAGAGCAGAGAUUCUCCAGACCUAUUCUCAUUCAAAAUGGAACGUUCGGUAUGUCUUUCUCCCUUCUCAUUGUUCUCAAGUGAAAUGAAUUCAGGAAAACCUCAUUCACAAAAAAAUACAUACUUGGAGGAAACAUUUGAAAUGUAUGGUAUGGAAAAGUAUAUUUUUGGAAAGUCAGGUCUAAAUGGACAUGUCAGUAAGUGUGUUUGUACUCUUGGUGCUCAGAAAUGCUUUUAUUUGACAAUCCCAACAUUGGCUCUGCCCCCUCUGUGAAGUGUUGGUGUCUAGAUAAGGAACAAGGCAGGCAGUACAGCAGUGCCAUGAAACACUGAAAUAAUUUACUUAUCAAUAGGCUGCUAACACUAUUAUUUAGUUCGCCAGUGCCCACAGAGCCCAUUACACUAAGCACAUCCUAAUGAACAGCAGAUGGGUAUCAGGGUCUGGGGGAGGGAGGAAGGGAGGAGGAGAAGGGGAGAGGGAGGGGGGGCGGGGGGGAAGAAGGGGAGGAGUACAGGGGGGCAUGGACAACUGAGAUGGGGUCUGCCUAACGUCCGUGACUAACGACUUACGUUUAGAGACUAAAUCAGUGGCAUGGAGUAAAUUUGAGCGAUCAUUUUACGGCUAAUUCCAGUAUAAUGAGUCCCCCUUAGUGAGAUAAUCACACUUCUUUUGCCUUGGCCUUUGUUAAUUGGUCAUUAUUUUUGAGUUACCUUUUGCUGUAAGAGACUAGUAGGUAGCUUAGUUACUGUUAUCUCUUUGUAUGAUAUGUUGUGGUUCUAAACCUGUACCAUCGCUCACUGUGUGUGUGUGUGUGUGUGUGUGUGUGUGUGUGUGUGUGUGUGUGGUGUGUGUGUCGUGUGAGAUAAUCAACUCUUGCCGAGGGCCUGAUUAUCUGUAAUUAUUCGAGUAGUGUGAAGAGACUAGUAGUAGUUCGAGUAAGUACUGAAAUGCAAUCGUAGUGAUGGCAAACCGACAUGAUCAAGGUUGUGGUGUGGCCAGUGUGUGUGGUGCGGGGUUGAGUGUCCGGUUCUCUGUGUCGUGGUCGUGUGUAGGUGGGUUGCGCAGAUCAGGAUGUCGCCGCGGUGCCAGAAGCCCCAGCACUUGUUCGCUCAGAGACCAAUCACGAGAGGCUUCAGGUGCAUACCUGCUGCAACAACGUACGAAACUUCCAGCCCUCAGAUGCACGCAGAACACACGUAACCUGCCAGCCACUGUCACUCUCCUACUCUUACAUACCACCUGUAUCCAGGUGAUCCAUGUCCGUCUGCGUACCAAAGCCCUCUCCUUCCUCUCCUCCGUUCCCCUCUCUCUACCACCUCUCCCUCUCCAUCCUCCAUGUCGCAGCAGAACCCUUACCCAUCUCAGAGAACACAGCGAAAGACAACACAGGUUUACUCUCUCUCUCGCUCUCUCUCUCUCUCUCUCUUCUCUCUCUCCUCUCUCUCCUCUCUCGCUCCUCUCUCUCUCUCUCUCUCUCUCUCUCUCUCUCUCUCUCUCUCCUCUCUCCCACUCUCUCCAGCCUCUCUCCUCUCUUCUCUCUCUCUCUCUCUUCUCUCUCCCUCCUCUCUCUCUCCUCUCUCCUCUCUCUCUCUCCUCUCUCUCUCCUCUUCUCUCUCUCUCUCUUCUCUCUCCUCUUCUCUCUCUCUUUCCCUUUCCUCCAUCUCUCUGCUAUCCCUCCAUCUCCUCUUUCCUCUCUAUGUUAAUGGACCACUGUAGCUCUGGCUCUCUUUGGAAUGGCCUCCCUCCUGGCCUCUGCUCUACUCUGUCUCUCUCCCUCUGUGUGUGCCUAGGGGUUAAACCGUUCCAGUGUCGAGGACGUGUCAGCAGCAAAGUUCUCACGGUCUGGACCACCUUAAGACCCACACCCGGACUCAUACAGGUAAAACAAGUGCGUAAACUUUUAUUUUUCCACAUCUACUUAUCUCUUUUCUGCUUAGAACUUAGUUAGGUACUUCCCUUUUCAUGAACAAUCAGUAUGUAGAGCUCAAGGCUUUGUGGGUUCGAUUCCCAUGGGGUGCCAGUAUAAAAAAUUAUGUAUGCACUCACUAACUGUAAGUCGCUCUGGAUAAGAGUGUCUGCUAAAUAACUAAAAUGUAAAUGAAAAAAAUGUAUUUAAACAAAUCUAGGAUAUGUUAUUUUACUGAAAGUGAUCUAAAAUGAUCAUAGGAAAUUAAUUUAAUCCCUUCCUCCCCUUCAGUAUAAUUUAAACCAGAUACUACCUAACAGCUCUCUCUCCCUCUCCUAGGCGAGAAGCCGUUCAACUGCAGAUGGCCCAACUGUCAGAAGAAGUUUGCCAGGUCUGAUGAGCUGGUUCGUCACCACAACAUGCACCAGAGGAACCUGACCAAGCUGCAGCUUGCCAUC